AUGAAAACUAGGAAUUCUGAUAAACAAAAGUAAAGAGAAGACUUAUCUGUCACUUGUUAAGAGGUAUUUACAACAAAAUUCUCUUAAAUAUGUUCUUCCUUUAUAUUAUUUAUUUAUUCUCAAUAUAAUAGAAUGUAUCUAUAAGUGAAUACCCAUUUCCUAGUGCAUUUUAAACUCCAAUAAAAAGAAGAGGACCAAUACAUAAGAAGCCUAAAUAAGUAUUAAUGAUAAUAACUAAAAGACAACGAUUAAUUUGAAAAAACACAAAUCUUAAAGGUAAUUUAUCUGCUAUGAUGAUUAAGAUUUAAAUAUUCCUAAUGAAUAUCAAUAAAUCCUAUAAAAACAUGUAAGUACUUUAAAAUAAAUUAAGAAAUCUGAUGAUGAUAGAGAAUCUGAUGAAGAAUAAAUAAAAUAUGCAAUUAACUACUUGUAUAAAGAUUUAUUAUUAUGUUUGGAAAAAGAGAAAAAAUGA